UUAGAUUGCAAUGCUUUUUCCUUGAUUCUCACCACUUUUUUUAAGGUAUUUAUGGCAACUGCAAAUAGCAGCGGCAAAUACUGAACAAAGCCAUAAUCUCUGUCUCUCUCUUCUUCUCUCUCACACACAUGUAUCAUCCAUCACUCUCCCCUUUCCCACCUUCGCUUUCUCUGUCUACAAAUAUUUCCCCUGUGCCUCAGUAGCUGCGCAGCUUUUCAUAAAAUCCCAUGUCACACUCGCCGCCAUGAUUAAACUGUGUUUCUCAAGAAUGGGUGUGGAAAAUACAGACUCCCACAAACUCACUACCUCCUCACAGGUGGUUGAUGAGUUGAAAGAGUUAUGGAGAAUGGCACUUCCAAUUACUGCAAUGAACUGUUUAGUGUAUGUGAGAGCAGUUGUCUCUGUCCUGUUUUUGGGCAGAUUAGGCAGUCUAGAGCUAGCCGGUGGCGCUCUGAGCAUCGGCUUCACGAACAUCACCGGCUACUCUGUUCUCGUAGGCCUGGCCUCUGGCCUCGAGCCCGUCUGCAGCCAGGCCUAUGGCUCCAAGAACUGGGACCUCCUCUCCGUCUCCCUCCACCGCAUGAUCUCCAUCCUGUUCUUGGCGAUCAUCCCGAUCAGCAUCCUCUGGUUCAAUCUCGAAUCGAUCAUGCUGUUCAUGGGCCAGGACCGGGACAUCACGCGAAUGGCCGCGGCCUAUUGCCUCUACUCACUCCCCGACUUGCUGACAAACACUCUGCUCCAGCCCCUGAGGGUGUAUUUGCGGUCGCAGGGCGUGACGAAGCCUCAGAUGUGGUGCACAUUGCUGGCUGUCGCGUUCCACAUCCCGUUGAAUUAUGUCCUCGUUGUCGUGAUGGGGCUCGGGGUGCCCGGGGUGGCCAUGGCCUCCGUGCUCACGAAUCUCCACAUGAUGGUGCUGAUGAUGGGGUAUGUUUGCGUUUACGGGCGUUGGAGGUGGAAGGUGGUUGGAGACGGGGGGGACGGUGGCGUUGGCGCGCUGCUUAGGCUCGCUGUCCCGAGUUGUAUCGGGAUAUGCUUGGAGUGGUGGUGGUACGAGAUCGUGACUGUCUUGGCCGGGUACUUGCCUAACCCGAGACUCACCGUGGCAGCCACCGGGAUCAUGAUUCAAACGACUAGCCUCAUGUACACGGUCCCCAUGGCACUGGCCGGUUGCGUCUCAGCUCGGGUGGGAAAUGAGUUGGGAGCAGGGAACCCUAGCAAGGCCAAAUUGGCAGCAAUGGUGGCAUUAGCUUGUGCGUUUGCAAUAGGGCUAAUCAAUGUGGUUUUGACAGUGAUAUUUAGAGACAAAUGGGGUGGCCUUUUCACAAAAGAUGAUGACCUAAAGCUUCUCGUUGCGUCGGUCUUGCCGAUCAUCGGGCUAUGCGAGCUCGGAAAUUGCCCGCAGACGACGGGCUGCGGCGUCCUGCGCGGCAUCGCGAGGCCGGUGGUGGGCGCCCACAUUAAUCUCGGCUCGUUUUACUUUGUGGGUACCCCUGUAGCUGUCGGCCUGGCCUUCUGGCUCGGGAUAGGGUUCCCGGGCCUCUGGCUAGGCCUGCUCUCCGCUCAGGCGGCCUGUGCUGCUUCGGUCCUUUAUGUCGUGUUGUGUCGCACGGACUGGGGGAUCGAAGCAGUUAAGGCCUCCGAGCGGAGUAGUAGCUUGGAGAUGGUUGAUAAGUGUAGUAGCGAGGAAGAGAAAAUAGGGUUUUUGGAUGAGAAGAGUGCUAUUUCGUAAUCUUUAUGAAAUUAUACAAUAUAUUUCAUCAAAUUUAGCAUCGAAUUUACGAGUGUGGACAAGUUGGGUUUGUUUUUUGUCUUUUUUUUUCUGGUAGUGCUCCAUGUGGGGAAAAGUGUAAAUCGCAUUCUUCUUUGAAAGUUUUGGUAUUGUUGAGGUAUGGGAUUUUGUGAAAA